AUGGGCCUCUUCGGCAGCAGCAAUGGCAAGGGCAAGGGCACCCCCGGCGCCUCGUCCUCCCGUGCUCCCCUUCCCCCUCCUCCUCCUCCUCCGGCGGCGACACGUUUCCGCCCUGGUCGCCGGCGCCUACACAUCCCGGUGCACCAAGCGCGGUGGCACUGGGAGUACAGGCAGCCAUUGUCGUACCCCGAUGUCACGUUGCCGCAUCGUUGGCAUCUGGAUCCGCAGCGGAUCCCGGUGCCGGCGGUUCCUCGUACCCAACGGGCACACGACGAGGAGGUGCGCAGGCGCCGCGCGCAGCUCACGCCGGACCAGCGUCGGCUGCCAGAGUACGCCGCCGACUCCCCCAACUGGGAGGCGUGGUUCGCCCUCGAACACGAGGAGCAACGGUGCUCGGGUGUCGACGCCGUCCCGCCGCCGUUCCCACCGCCGCCCCCGCAGGUAGAGCCGGAGGACAUGGAGGUGGAGGCGGAGUACCAAGCCGCCCUCGAGGAGGCCCUGCAGCACGCGCUGGAGGCUAGCCGCCUCGAGGAGGACGCGCACUGGGAUGGGCUGGAGCAAGCCCUUGCCCCGUCGGCAGCGGGGGACUCUGUCCACACCCCGCUCUUCGUGCCGCCACCACCACCGUCGCCGCCCGUCCAGCCCAAGCCGGAGCCGGAGCCGACGCGUAAGCGCUCCCCGCCUCCACCCACUUGGCCGGAGGAGGCCUACUCGUGGACGGGCCAGUACCGCGAGUGGGUGAGCGCGCCUCCCGUCCACUUCGCCGCGACGCCGGAGGAGGAGGCGCCCCACCUCCAGCGAUGGAAGGAGCACUGGCUCCGCCAGGACCAGGCCGACGACGAGGAGCAAAUGUGCUACGACGCCAUGCUCCAACGCGACGCGGAGGCGCUCCGGCUCGAGGAGGAGGAGGAGGAGGAGCGCGCGCGGCUUGCCGCAAUGCCGCCGCCCCAGCAGGCGCCGGAGGAGGCUGCCUUGGCAGCGUACCAGGCGGCGUUCGGGUGGGCUGGCCUUCUCCGGUCUUCAUCGACCUCACCGACGACGGCGACGUCGACGGCAAGGGCAAGGCCGACGACGUCUAGGGCAGCGUGCCGGGCGGCAGCAGAUUUAGGUGGACUUUGGCCGGCGUUUGACCGGCCAUUUUAUGUUUAA